CUGUCCAUAAUUCCCUUCCUGACCACUAGCUGGACACAAUUUUAAUUUCAGCUCUUUCAGGGGUGUCAAACUCAUUUUUGGCGCCGGCCACAUUUCCCAUUUCCAUUUUUGGAAGUGUACCUUUUCAUGGGACAACACUGAAGAAACGACACUGCCAAAAUGUAAAACGCAGGAGUCAGUGUACAGCUAAUAGUGUACAUUUACUGUGCCCUCAAAAUAACAACACACAGCCAUUAAUGUCUAAACCACAGGCAACAAAAGUGAGUACACCCCUCGGUGAAAAUGUCUAAAUUGGGCCCAAUUAGCCAUUUUUCCCACCUUGGUGUCAUGUGACGCAGUAGUGUUACACAAUAUCAAGUAUGAAUGGGGAGCAGGUAUGUUAAAUUUGGCGUUAUUGCUCUCAAACUCAGUCUUGCUAUUUAAAAAGCAUUGGUUUUACAGAUGUAGCAAAAGAAGCUACAGAAUCUCAAUUAGCUCCCUGUCACUCCUCGGGCCUGCUUCCUCCUCUUCUCUCUGGUCCUUGCGUCCGACUAGGGUCGCCUCCUCCUCUUCUGGUGAGGGGUCUGGGAAUGCGGUGCUGUUUCCCGGUCUAGACUCCUUGCUCCUCCGCCCUGCCCACCCCCCCAAAAUUUUAAUGCAUUACACAUUCACACAUCCUCUUUCCUUUAAUGCACUACAUACACCUAUUUCUGGAGGGCAUUGGGUUGUGGGCUGAGGGGGUGAAGCACUCUAUAUUUUAAUGCACUACACUACUCUGGGGCCACUUAUUCACGGGUCGGGCCAAUGACUGACAGUCGGGGACCUGGCAGUCAUAGUAACGAGGGGGGGUUCACUAGGCUUGUGGUGGUGCUCCUGAAGACGGCCCCACUGGCUGGAUGGCUGCUUGGCGUGGGGGAUCCCCUCUCAUGUCCCAUGGCUGCUCUCCGGGGUGCCCCCCUUAUCAUUCCCUUGUCGGGUGCCCCUAUCCACCAGACGGUCUCACCCUAGGGCUGGGCGGGGGCUGGCUACAUUGUGGGGAUGUCUCGCUCUCCUGGGGAAGAGCGAUGGGGGUGAUGGCAGGGCAUGUGGGGCGGUCUGGGUGGUGUUGAGCCCCUGCGGCCUCCUCCGGGUGGCCGGUUUUCGGGGCGCCUCGGUGGACCACCGUGGAACCCUUGGUGUGGGAGGUGUCCCCAUCCACCGGGUGGCGUACGGGAGGGCUACUGGGCCCGGCCCCGCCUCCCGAUUGGGUGGGGUGGGGUCCUCAGUCCCCACGGCGCAGGCGCAGCAAUUACCGGACAAUUCUGACGGUUACUGUGCAUGCAAUUCACUUGCAUGUGUCCGCAGACACAGACCCCUGGGACUUAUUCGCUGGGUGUGGGGCCACUCACUCAUUGCGACAAAUAACGUGUAACUAUGCAAAUUUCUUGGGUAUCCCCUCACUUACACUCUGGUCCUAUAGAUGUGUAGAAUUUACAGAGCCACUCCCAUCACACUGUACUAGGGAUUUGAUAUAAUGAUUUACUUUCCUCAUCUUGUUUACAGCUAGUGUUGUAGUAGUCUAGUCUUUUGUUGUCGUCUUUUCCAAUAUUAUUUGGUUACCUUUCACUCUCUCCCCAUUUUGUUGUUUCUGUCACUCCCCUUUAAAAACUUUGUUCGCCCGAACGACAGUAAUUCUGAAUAAAUAUCCAUCAGAAUACAAAGGAACCACAGUGGCAUCUUUAAAAAGGCCACUCUGACACAGUAAAACUGUUCCGGCAUAAAAGGAAUACAGAUCCUCAUUUCUGCUCGACUUAACAGCCGAACAGGACUAAAAAAAAAAAAAAAAGAUGUAGGAAAAGAGAGAACUACUACCACGAGGCACAAAGUAAUAACUACCCCACCUAUGAACGUGGUAAUCACUUGCAAUUGGUUGACCAUUCAUUGUUUACACAGAUGUAUCAUUACCCAAUGCUUAACCUGUGUCUGCGGCAUUCCUCCCUGAAGUUUUCCAACGAUGGCAACUGACAAACACGGACUCAACCUGAAGAGGGAAAUUGGGAUUACUGGAGCGGUAUCUUUCAUUGCUGGGACCAUGAUGGGUUCUGGGAUCUUCAUAUCACCCCAGUAUGUGAUUUCCACAAUUGGCAGUCCGGGGGCCAGCCUCAUUAUAUGGGCAACCUGUGGCCUGAUAGCCAUGCUGGGGGGGCUCUGCUAUGCUGAACUGGGAACAGUCAUUCCAGAAUCUGGUGGAGAAUAUAUCUACAUGCUGAGGACAACAGGGAGAGCGGUGGCCUUCAUGUUUGUCUUCAGCUUCACGAGUGUCAUGAGACCUGCCAGCGCCACCGGAAUUGCGCUCAGCUUUGCCGAAUUUGCUGUGGCUCCUUUUUACACAAGCUGUCGCGCUCCACAGCUGGCGGUAAAGUGUGUAGCUGCAGGAGCCAUCAUCAGUCUGGUUUUGGUGAACUGUCUGAGCACUCGCCUGGCCACCAUCAUUCAGGUGGUCUCCAUGGCAGUCAAAGUGCUGGCAAUGACUGUGAUCAUACUGGGAGGAGUGGUGAUGCUUUUCGACAAAGGCGCUGGGAACUUUGUGAACACUUUUGAAGGAACCGAUUUACGUGUCAGAUCCUUUGGCAUUGCUUUCUAUCAGGGUUUGUGGUCCUAUGAUGGCUGGAACACUUUGAAUUAUGUAACUGAGGAGCUCAAAAAUCCUGAGGUGAAUCUCCCGAGAGCAGUAGUGAUUGCAAUCUCAAUGGUGACUGGCUUGUAUCUGCUGGUGAACGUCAGCUACCUGACAGUAAUGACGCCGAAAGAGCUCAUUUCAUCCAAUGCAGUGGCUGUCACAUGGGGGAACAAAGUGUUAGGAUCCUGGGGGUGGAUCAUGUCAAUAGCUGCAGCUUUGUCAGCUUUUGGGUCACUAAACGGGACGUUCUUCAGUGGUGGACGCAUGUGCUUUGUUGCUGCACGUGAAGGACACAUGCCGGAUAUUCUGUCCAUGGCUCACGUACACAGACUGACUCCAUCGCCAGCUCUAAUUUUCACCACUGUUGUCUCCUUGCUGGUGCUCAUCCCCGGAGACUUUCAGAGUAUUGUCAACUUCUUCAGUUUCACGGCCUGGUUUUUUUAUGCCAUCACAUUGUCUGGUCUCCUCUACCUCAAGAUCAAGAAGCCAGAGCUCCCAAGGCCAUACAGGGUUCCCAUUAUACUGCCCAUACUGGUCCUCAUCGCAGCAGUAUUCCUUGUGCUGGCCCCCAUCAUUGACAAUCCGCAGAUCGAAUACCUCUAUGUGACUUUAUUUAUCUUCAGUGGGGUCAUCAUCUACAUACCUUUCAUUCAUUACAAGCUAUGCCCAGGCCUGUUAACAAAGUUGACCAUAUUCCUGCAGCUAUUUUUACAGGUUGCCCCAGCAGAGAAAAACCUAUAAUGUGGGCUUAAAGAUUUCAUUUAUUUGAAUUUCCUGCUGUUUACUGGCAAUUUUCGAGCUCUAUGAAACUUCAACCUAAUUGCAGUGCUGUACAUGUUACAUACCCUGCUAGGCCAAUACAAAUAAUUACACCGUGUAAUAUUUUUUUGGAACCACCAUUCCACAAUUUAAGUCUAACAGACCUCUGAUAUUGUCAUCCUGGAAUGGAAAAACUUGCUUAAACAGUAAACGUAGGAGGCGAGAAUACCUCAUUUUUUACAGUUGUUUUAAUUGAUUUCACUCAAAGAAGUUAUUUUCUUAAAUCAAACACAAUGAUUAUCAAUAUCCUGUGGCAUUUUAAUAAUGUGUUAGGCAGUUGUUAACCGUGUUUAAUUUGAGUAGUUAAUUUUUUUUUUCUUCUUAUGGUCAAUAACCUGAGCCUCCUAAAACAUCUUCUGUACCAGUAUGGGAAAGGUCUAAGAUAGUCUAAUGGUUGUUCCUCA